AACUGUAGGGUUAUGACUGACGGUAAUCGCAGUUAAAUAGUGAGUUGGAGAGAGUGCGAGCACAUGAUCACGGCUUCCCCUGUAUUAUCUCUAAAUUACCUUUAAUCGUUUGUAAAGGAGACUAUUGGACCUUUGACAGGAAACUACAGUACUAGAUCGAUGUGUGAUUGAUAUACUUAAUUUUUUAUCAACUUGAAAACAUUUACAGACAAUAUUUCUAAUGUUGGUUUGAUUUUGUGUUGAAAGAAGGUUUCUAGCCUAUUAUUUUACUUCACGGACCUACCAAAACUGCAAUUCUGGAUUUUCAAGUUCAACAACCCUACAACCUGAAAAUGUUGAAUGUUGGUGGAGUGGACGGACUAGAACAGGACAUGUCUGGAAAAUCAGCCUUCAUGGAGCUACAGCAGCAGGCGGGUAUGCCUCCCGGAAUGGGACACCCGGCCUACCCCAUCCGUUCGUCUUAUCAACAUCACCAUGGCGGCCAGCACGGAGACAGUGUCUUCAGUAACUCCCAAGGUCGACCCCUCUACCCCUUCCAUAUGAACACCAUGUCCCCCUCGUCCUACCAGCCCCCCGCGGCUCACCCCUUCCCCAUGCCACCGUACCAGAGCCCCUCACCGACAAGGGAAGAUUUUUACGGCGAUAUGGUGUCAUUGUACAUUACAGAUAAGUCACAAAUGGAGGAACUCAGAAUAAAUGGCAAAGGAAAGAAAAUGAGAAAGCCAAGGACCAUAUACUCUAGCCUUCAGCUACAGCAGCUGAACAGGCGAUUCCAGCGGACACAGUACCUAGCUCUUCCCGAGAGGGCAGAACUGGCCGCCUCUUUAGGUUUAACCCAGACACAGGUGAAAAUCUGGUUCCAGAACAGGCGUUCCAAGUACAAGAAGGUGAUGAAGUCUCCUGUAAAUCCCGGCCAGGUCAACCCAACUUCCGGUCAGCCUCAAGGUCAGGCGCCAGUGACAACUUCGCCAACAACACACCCUCCUCAACAAUCUUCACCUCCCGCGCCUCGACAUCCUCCACAGACACCAACACCUCACGCGCACCCCGCGUCUCAACAAAAUGGACAAUCACACAAUGGACAACAAUCCUCAGUUAUGUUAUCACCUCCAUCGUCCUCUGUCAGUCCACAACCUACAUGGACAGAAAUGGAUGCAGUCAACAAUCAAACCUCCACGAACUCUUAUAUGGCGAUGUCUUCAAUGUCCGCCAUGUCUACGGGUAUGCCAGCCGGAGCCAUGUCUCAUUACCACUCCUGGUACGCACAGCCUCCCAUGAAUCAACAGUCGUGUCUCACAUAACGUGCUUCAAAUUACUCAUAGUUCUAUAUAUGUCACUUCCGGUAUUGGUUUACAAAUGACCAGCCAAAUCAGCGAGAGCUAGCCAACUGAAAAGGCGCAAAUGUUAGCGUGAUCAUAUGACUUUGUGACCUGGGCAUCAUAUGUCUCAUUUCCUUCAGAAGUUUGUCAAGGCGUGCGCUUUGGAACUGUUCAAACUUCGCCUGAAGGUCACGGGUCAAUUAUUUAAGCAUGUUGCCAAACACCUGGAUGUGUCUUAAAAUCACGUGAAACUCCCAUGCAAACUACGCAUGCCCCGAACUCUCUAAACCGCCUCAGGACCAAUUGAUUCAGUGGUAUAUUUGUGUAAUAUAUGUGAAUGAAUUUGUGCGCAUGCGCGGUCAGCCACUGACAAACUUUUGCCAUGUGUAAAUAUAAAUAUAAUUUAUGUUUUAAGUUAAUGUUUAAAAGUAACUAUUGUUUUGAUGUGAGUUAUGAAAAUGCUCAAAAUAGAUGGCAUAUGGUUAUAUAAUGAACAAAGCAUUUUACUAUUGUUUAUAUCUACAUGCAAUAACGGAAACAGACAGACGAAAUAAGUAAAUAAUUUCAAUAAGAAAAUAAUGUGAUAAUAUUGUAAGCGUACAGCAGUGUUCUGUAUUUCACUUAGUGGUACCGUGUUUGGUGUAUAUUUGGUACACAUGACAAAUCAUUGUUCGUGAGUAUGUUUCGUCUGCCUGUAACCAAUAUGAUUUAUUUAUAAUUUGAACAAACUUGAUUUUUAUUAGUCCCAUUAAAUGUUCAUAUGUUCAAACACAAACAU